GUAACCCCACACAAAGUGAACCCUCCAAAUGACGUCGAGCCUUUCUAAAAUUCUCCAAUCGACAACAUCCUCCGCUGACGAGACCUCCAUACCAACUUCGACAGCGCCGAAGGAGGCCUCAUAUCCACAUACUACUAUUUUCAAGUGUAGUUGUCGAUCUAGGAAGUUUGAAUCACUUCCUCUCACCAGACGAUGCCUCUCAUCAUUGUCUCUGGACUACCUACUUCAGGCAAGUCGACACGAUCACAACAACUUUACGAUUACCUCUCCAAGCGUAUCGCUGAUUCGAAAUAUCGCCUACACCUCAUCUCUGACGAAUCCCUUUCUAUCUCCCGUUCCGUUUACGAUCUUUCGAGUCUCCCCGCACAUACCAGGUCUGCGAACGCCUCAGAGAAGGAUGCUCGCGCUACAAUCUAUGGCGCCGUGAAGCGCGUACUUAGCGACAAGGACAUUGUGAUUCUUGAUGGCUUAAAUUACAUCAAGGGUUGGCGAUACCAACUACACUGCGAAUCUAAGGCUGUGCGCACACCGAGCUGUAUACUCCAGAUUGGAUGUUCAGUGGAUAAGGCACGUGAGGUUAAUGAGGCCAGAUUAAAGAAGAGAGAGGCCGAGGCAUCCAAGACAGCGGAUAAAGAAGAGGCAACGCCUUCAGCUACAACUUCCUGCGAUACGAUCGUGGACUCUACAGAGCCAUACGAGCCCGGCAAUUGGGACAACUUAGUCUUUCGAUACGAAGAACCCAAUCCCAUGACCAGGUGGGACAGUCCUCUCUUCACGCUUAUCUGGGAGGAUGAUGAGGCCCAAACCAACAAGGUCUUCUCCGACCUCUGGGACGCAAUCGCCGGCGAAGCCCGCAAGGUUGUGCGCCCGAAUCAAGCAACAAUACAGCGCGGCCGCGAGGAAAGUGGUGACUACUUGUAUCUCCUGGAUCGCGAGACAUCGGAUGUUGUGAAGCGCAUAGUCGAAGCACAGCGAGAGGGUGACGACGUUGACGAGGUACGGAUACCGUCUGGCUCUGUAGAACUGACGAUACAUUUACCCGCGGGCAAUAAGGUUGGCCUCCCACAAUUACAAAGGUUAAGGAGGGCGUUCAUGGGGUUGAAUAGAGGUGGUAUUGGAUUGGAGGCUGUGGGCGAUAUGAAGUCUUCACGGCUGAGAGACACCUUUGUGACGUAUCUCAAUGAUUCGUUUGAGAAGGAUGAGUAGUACUUUUUCUCUAUGAAGGUUGUGACCUCAUUGUAAAAGCUCUCAGUGCGGCUCAAUGUGAUGACCUUGAUGUGACUAUAGAGUCUUGACACCUGCUUACAUGAUCACACAAUGAGUUUUCUCACAUGCCCAGGAAGUUCAGAAUUGUUCAUUGAGAUAAAUCACCGGGCGGGAUGUACCUGCGAUGAGAAAAUGAAGUCAGUAUAG